ACUCUUAGGUGCGUUUCUGGCCAGUUCCCGGAGUGCCUUGCGGCUGUAAUGGCUGCUCCCGGGCGGCGCGCUGCUAUGUUCUUUCGGGCGGUGUUAGGGGUCCGGCAGUUGGGCCCAGACGCCGCGAGGGGGUGGGUGACCGGCCUCUCCUCGCUCUUGGACUGUCAGCGGAGGUGCGUGUCUUGUUUCGCGGGCGCCGCCUUCUCUGGUCCCCGUCUGGCCUCCGCCUCUCGCCGAUAUGGCCAGAGCUCAGCCUUGGACCGCUUCCUCGGACUCGCUCAGCCAGACAGUUCGUUGACUUCUCAUCCUCCCGCCGUGUCCAUACACAGAGAUGAACAGGAUCUCCUCUUGGUCCAUCGUCCUGAUAUGCCCGAGAACCCCCGGGUCCUACGAGUGGUCCUCCUGGGUGCUCCGAAUGCAGGGAAGUCAACACUCUCCAACCAGCUGCUGGGCCGAAAAGUGUUCCCUGUCUCCAAGAAGGUGCACACCACUCGUUGCCAAGCUCUGGGGAUCAUCACAGAGAAGGAAGCUCAGGUGAUUCUACUUGACACACCUGGUCUCAUCAGCCCUGUUAAACAGAAAAGGCACCAUCUGGAGCUUUCUUUGUUGGAAGAUCCGUGGAAGAGCAUGGAAUCUGCUGAUAUGGUUGUGGUUCUUGUGGACGUCUCAGACAAGUGGACUCGGAACCAGCUCAGCCCCCAAGUGCUCCAGUGCCUGACCCAGUUCUCCCAAGUCCCUAGCAUCCUUGUCAUGAACAAGGUAGAUUGCCUGAAGCAGAAGUCCAUUCUCCUGGAGCUCACAGCAGCCCUCACUGAAGGUGUGGUCAACGGCAAGAAGCUCAAGAUGAGGGAGGCUGUUCGCUCACAGGCCGGCACUCAUUGCCCGGGCCCCGCAGCUAAGGGCCCAAACACACAGUCUGUGGGAGGCCCUCAGAAGAUUGGCUGGCCCCACUUCCAGGAGAUCUUCAUGUUGUCUGCCCUAAGCCAGGAAGAUGUGAAAAUACUAAAGCAGUACCUCCUGGCACAGGCCCGGCCAGGACCCUGGGAGUUCCACAGCGGAGUCCUCACCAGCCAGACACCUGAGGAGAUCUGUGCCAACACCAUCCGAGAGAAGCUACUAGAGCACCUGCCCCAGGAGAUACCCUACAAUGUGCAGCAGAGGACAGUGGUGUGGGAGGAAGGGCCAAGCGGGGAGCUGGUGAUCGAACAGAAGCUUCUGGUACCCAAAGAAUCUCAUGUGAAGAUCCUCAUUGGUCCAAAGGGGCACUUGAUCUCCCAGAUUGCACAGGAGGUGGGCCGCGACCUCAUGGACAUCUUUCUCUGCGAUGUUCGGCUCCGCCUCUCUGUGAAGCUUCUCAAGUGA